GCAAAACCUUGCACCCUCAAAGGGAUAGUGAAAGUCUGCACGUUUAUUCUUACCAUGGAUCGCCAAGCUGUAGCCGUGUUGCUUCUUCUCCUGUGUGUCAUCAUCAUCACCACCACCACCACCGAGGGAUUCACCCCAAAUUGCUGCAUAGAAACUGCACCUAAGAUUAAUCGGAAAAUAAUAAGAAAAGCUGACAAAUAUGAAAUACAGUCAGAGGGUGGAUUGUGUGAAAUGAAAGCCCUGAUCUUGUAUGUGGGAACAAAGAAAUACUGCUUUGAUCCUAAAAUGGAAAAGAAGGUGGAAUAUGUGAUGAAGAAAUAUAGGCAUGGAAACAGACAUAAAUAAGUGAUGACAUUUUCCUAAGAAAUGUCCCACUGUAGGGACUGUCAUUUUUUCUAAGAUUUCUUUACAGAAUAUGUACGAUGUAUGAGAUGGUUUGUAUUCAGUGGCAGAAACAAUUACAACUAAUAAAGGUUUUGGUUUUCAAGCAACAAAAUUA